AUGCCUCUCGUCGUGCUCGCGCGACACCGCGUUCUCCCCGCCUGCUCGCGCACUCUUCGCACGUACGCGACGGUCUCUACACCCCAGACGCUCGUUGAGAAGAUUGUCCAGAAGUAUGCGGUCGACCUUCCCCCCACGGCCAAGGUUCGCUCGGGCGACUAUGUGAUGAUCAGGCCAGAGCAUGUGAUGACCCACGACAAUACCGGUCCCGUCAUCUCAAAGUUCCUCUCCCUCGAUUGCUCCAAGCUCGAUAACCCGCGCCAGCCCAUCUUCACGCUCGACCACGAUGUCCAGAACAAGUCCGAGACCAACGUCAACAAGUACAAGCGCAUCGAGGCGUUCGCCAAGCAGCAAGGCGUUGACUUUUACCCUGCCGGCCGCGGUAUUGGCCACCAGAUCGUUGUCGAGGAGGGCUACGCGUGGCCCGGCAAGAUGGUCGUUGCGUCCGACUCGCACUCGAACCAUUACGGCGGCGUCGGGUGCCUCGGUACCGCGAUCGUGCGCACAGAUGCUGCCGGCAUCUGGGCUACCGGCAAGUUCUGGUGGCAGAUUCCCCGCGUCGUCCAGGUCUCGCUUGACGGCAAGCUCUCGCCGGGCGUCACCGGCAAGGACGUCAUCGUGGCUCUGGCCGGCCUCUUCAACGAGGACCAGGUGCUGAACGCGGCCAUUGAGUUCACCGGCUCAGGCAUCGAGCACCUCUCGGUCGACGAGCGCCUGACCAUUGCGAACAUGACGACAGAGUGGGGCGCCGUCGCCGGCGUGUUCCCCGUCGACUACACGCUUGCCGAGUGGUACCGCGGUCUGAUCCGUAAGGCCGAGCUGCGCAAGUUCAUCUCGCCUUCGUCGACCGUACCGUCCGACGGGACUCACCCGCGCCUGAACGACGAGCGCUUGGAGCAGUCGCUUGCUGAGCGGGUCGCUGCCGACCCCGGAGCCCACUACGCCUCGCGCCUGCACCUCGACCUGUCGACUCUUGUGCCGCACGUCUCGGGCCCCAACUCGGUCAAGGUCGCGACCGCGCUCCCCAAGCUCAUGGAGAAGCCGAUCAAGAUCAACAAGGCGUAUCUCGUGUCGUGUACCAACUCGCGCGCGAGUGACAUCAAGGCGGCCGCUGAUGUGCUGCGCGGCAAGAAGAUUGCUCCUGGUGUCGAGUUCUACAUUGCCGCCGCCUCGAGCCGCGUGCAGGAGGAUGCUGAGGCUGCUGGUGACUGGCAGGCACUCGUUGCGGCCGGUGCCAAGACGCUUCCCGCUGGUUGUGGGCCGUGCAUUGGCCUUGGUGUUGGUCUUCUCGAGAAGGGCGAGGUCGGUAUCUCGGCCACCAACCGCAACUACAAGGGACGCAUGGGCUCGCCCGACGCCAUCGCGUACCUGGCGUCUCCUGCCGUUGUCGCCGCGUCUGCUGCCAAGGGCGAGAUCUGUGGCCCCGACUCGAUGGACCUCGCCUCGCUCCCACAGUACGACGUGCCCAAGUUCAGCAUUGAGGCGUCCCCUGCCGCUCCCCCUGCCGCGACAGGAGAGGCUGAGCCCCUCCUCCCCGGCUUCCCCGAGUACUUUGAGGGUCCGCUCGUCUUUGCGCCCCAGGACAACCUGACCACCGACGGCAUGUACCCCGGCAAGUACACGUACCAGGACGACAUUACUCCUGAGCGCCAGGCCGAGGUCGUGAUGGAGAACUAUGACCCACUCUUCGCGUCGACGAUCAAGGACCUGCGCGCCAAGGACACCGCCAACGCGACUCCCAUCCUCUUCUCCGGCUACAACUUUGGCACUGGUUCGUCGCGCGAGCAGGCCGCCACAGCCAUCAAGAACGCUGGCAUCCCGCUCGUCAUCUGCGGAAGCUUUGGCGACAUCUUCAAGCGCAACUCGAUCAAUAACGGCCUGAUCCUCAUCGAGGCGCCCGAGCUCGUCGAGGACCUCACCAAGUGGUUUGCCAAGGACGACGUCCGUGGCGCGGGCGGCAAGGACGGAAACCUCACUGUCAUUCCCCAGGACUGGCGAGUCAAGAUUGACACGCGGAACGGGGGCGUCACCCUCUCUAUGGGGGCCGAGGGGGAGAAGCACUACCCCUCUGCGCGGGUUGGACGGUCGGUGCAGGAGCUGUGGGUCAACGGCGGCUUGGAAGGCUUCAUUCGCGCGUCGCUCCAGUAG